AUGUCCACCACUUCAAUUGUGCAACAAUUUGUGGCUGGGCUAAAAUCUCGUAAUCACAAUGUUCAAAAUAAGACAGCCCAGGAUUUAUUCCUUUAUGUUAAAACGGAACUUAGAGAAAUGUCGCAGGAAGAGUUAGUACAUUUUUUUGAUGAUUUUAAUCAUCAAAUUUUUAGCAUGGUCAUGUCGUCGGAUAUUAAUGAAAAAAAGGGCGGUGUGUUAGCUAUAAAGUGCAUGAUCAGUGGCGAUGUGGUUAACACUAUGAAACGCAUUACACCAUACUAUAAUCAUUUACGGGACUUAUUGCCUUGCAAUGAUGUUUCCGUUAUGGAAAUUGCUGCCCGCACCCUAGUGAAAUUGGCCAAUUUGCCCGGUUCAAAAGGUGCUGAAUCGUUUGAAUUUGAUAUUAAACGAGCUUUUGAGUGGUUAAGUGGAGACCGUCAUGAGUACCGUCGGUACGCUGCUGUCUUUAUAUUACGCGAAUUGGCCGUAGCAAUGCCUACGUAUUUUUACCAGCAAAUCUCUACAUUUUUUGACCACAUAUUCAAUGCUAUUUUUGAUCCUAAGCCUGGUAUACGUGAGUCUGCUGGAGGUGCCUUGCGUGCAGCCCUAAUUGUUACUUCUCAACGUGAAAAUACUAAACAAUCUAGCGAACCUAUAUGGUAUAAGACAUGUUACACUGAGGCUCAUAAAAGUUUCUUAGAAGAUGCUGUAGCCUUACAGCGCGAAGCAAAAGGGAUGACUCGCGAAGAUCGAGUGCAUGGUAGCUUAAUUAUUUUUAAUGAACUGUUCCGUUGUUCUAAUGCUACUUGGGAGCGUCGCUACAACAGUUUAAAAACUUUAUUGCCGGAAACUUUGAGUACAAAGUUAGGCGACAGUCUGGCCGUUUCUUAUUUGACCGCAGGCAGUUCUGCCGGCGGUAGUUCAGUAGGUAGCCAGUUAACAACUAUAGUUCCUCGUUUGAAAGCACCAUUUAUUAAAAAAAUGGGCUCCACACGUUUGGUAGAAAUCGCUGAACAACAUCAGAAUUUAUCCUACAAAUUAAACACGAGUAAUGUACUAGAAUCAUCUUAUGCUCGUGAAGUUUUAAUGGACCACUAUACCACAAUAUGCGACAAUAUUUUAGACCAGCGCCUCGCUAAAUCACUCUACAUACAGCAAACGUUAUUGCAAAUUUUGCCACGGUUAGCUGCUAUUAAUCGUGAAAUCUUUGUACAGAAAUAUCUAAAACUAUGCGUUCAGCAUUUGCUUAACGUCCUGAAAGGAAAAGAAAAAGAUCGCAAUAUUGCCUAUAUAACCAUAGGGUACAUAGCUGUGGCAGUAGAACGGGACAUCGAUAAACAUUUACCUACUAUAAUGACGGCAAUUAAGGCUGCUUUGCCACCUAAGGACGUUAUCAAUAAACGCAAAUUUGCAAUAGAUCCAGCAAUAUUUGCCUGCAUUACUCUGCUUGCUCAUGCUGUCAAGUCACAUAUUACUGAUGAUGUUCGUGACAUAUUGGAGCAAAUGUUCUCUACGGGGUUAUCACCAGCGUUGACAGUAUGUUUGCGUGAAUUAGCUGAAAAUGUGCCUCAUCUUAAAUCUGCUAUUGCGGAAGGGUUAAUUGGUGUGCUAUCUCAAAUUUUAAUGAAUAAAACAUCUGGUGCACUUUAUGCAGGAAUGUUACCAGUUAAUUCCCCUAUGGAAAGUUCAAUAAAUUUGCCGCAAGAUGUUCCUACCAUAGUGUUGGCUCUGCGAACCUUAGGGACCUUUAAUUUUGAAGAACAAAAUAUGUUGGAUUUUAUUCAACGAUCUGCCGAUUACUUCAUUAAUCACGACCAACAAGAGAUACGCUUGGAAGCUGUACAAACCUGUACACAUUUAUUGAAACUGGCAGUACGAACAGCCGAUACCAUAGAAAAUUCGGCUACUUUAAUUGAGACUGUAUCACACGUCAUUGAACGUUUGCUUAUCGUCGCCAUAACCGACAUGGAUUGUAAUGUAAGGGUUCGCAUUCUACGUUCAUUAGAUGAAACAUUUGAUGCAGAAUUAGCGCAACCCGAAUCGUUGAGUGCUUUAUUUAUUACUCUUAAUGAUGAAAUUUUUGAGAUACGAGAAUUAGCAAUGGUUACCAUCGGACGUUUAUCGACCAUGAAUCCUGCUUAUGUAAUGCCAAAAUUGAGAAAAGUUAUGGUACAAUUGUUAACAGAGUUGGAGCAUUCGGGCAUGAGCCGAAAUAAAGAACAAAGUGCGCGUAUGUUGGACCAUUUGGUUAUAAGUACGCCGCGCUUAAUAUCGACAUACAUGAACCCAAUUCUGAGUAUUUUAGUACCAAAACUUAGAGAACCCGAAUCAAACCCUGGUGUGGUACUAAACGUUCUGCGAGCUAUCGGUGAUUUAGCAGAAGUUAACGGAGGAUCAGAAGAAAUGGAAAUGUGGGCUGACGAGCUGUUAGCUAUUCUAUUAGAAAUGUUAGGAGAUGCUGGUUCACCUGAUAAACGCGGCGUAGCUUUAUGGACGUUAGGUCAAUUAAUUUCAGCCACCGGUCGCGUAGUUACACCCUAUCAUAAAUAUCCCGUUUUGAUAGAUAUUUUGAUAAAUUUCUUACGUACUGAACAAAGACGAUCCAUACGUCGAGAAACAAUACGCGUUUUAGGUUUAUUGGGAGCCAUGGAUCCUUACAAGCAUAAAAUGAAUAAGGGUCUGAUCGAUAGUCAAAAAGACAGUGUUUUAAUCUCUUUAUCUGAUUAUAAAGUGGAUGAAAAUCAAGAUAUAUCCACUGCCGAAUUACUAGUUAAUAUGGGAAAUAUUCUAGAUGAAUAUUACCCGGCUGUGGCAAUAGCCGCUCUGAUGCGAAUUUUGCGCGACCCGACUCUAAGUAGUCGCCACACUAGUGUUGUUCAGGCUGUCACUUAUAUUUUUCAAAGUUUAGGAAUUAAAUGUGUUCCAUAUUUAUCACAGGUUCUCCCAAGUCUGUUAGAAAAUGUCCGCACAGCGAAUAAUAAUUUAAGAGAGUUUCUAUUCCAACAACUGGCGAUUUUAGUGGAAAUCGUACGCCAACACAUAAUUACCUAUAUGAACGACAUAUUUAAACUUAUUAAAGAAUUUUGGACCAAUAAUACUCCCUUGCAAUCAACUUUAAUAAAUUUAAUAGAGCAAAUUGCUGUUGCGCUGGGUGGAGAAUUCCGCAAUUAUUUGGCUCAAUUAAUACCACAGAUCCUACGUGUUUUGCAGCACGAUAGUUCAAAGGAUCGAAAUGUAACAAAGCGUUUAUUGCAGGCUAUAGAGAAAUUCGGCAAUAAUUUGGAUGAUUAUUUACAUUUAGUAGUACCGCCCAUAGUAAGACUAUAUGAUUCUCCUUAUGUGCCGCAACAGGUUUCUUUAGUAGCUUUGGAAACUAUCGACAGUUUAGCCUGGAUUUUGGAUUUCACAGAUUUUGCUUCACGUAUUAUUCAUCCUUUGGUGAGAGUGUUAGACUCUGAACCUGAACUAAGAGAUCAAGCCAUGUCUACCUUGUGUUCGUUAGUUAUACAAUUGGGGAAAAGGUAUUUAGUUUUUGCGCCAUUGGUUAAUCGUACCGUAACUCGGCAGCGUAUUGUCGAUUCGAAAUACGAGAAAUUAUUGGCUAAACUACAAAGCAAUACCACCAUGUGUUUGGACGAGGAGUUUUUAAUGCGUCAAGCCAAAUUUAAGAGCAGCAACAUGGUGGCUACUUUAAGUGAUGUUAAUACUACGAUUAAGAAGCUAAACGUGUCCACGAAGCAGCUAUGCAUGGCGUGGCAAGUGAACAGACGUGUUUCCAAAGACGAUUGGGUUGAAUGGUUAAAGCGGUUAUCAAUAGGUUUACUACGAGAAUCAAGAUCGCAUGCUUUACGAGCUUGUCGUGUGUUAGCCGAAGAUUACGAUAAACUCCUAAGAGAUCUUUUCAAUGCGGCCUUUAUAUCCUGUUGGACUGAAUUAUCGCCAGAACAUAAAAAUGAAUUAACGCAAUCAUUAAUACAGGCAUUGCAAGUGACUGAUAUGCCAGAGAUUACGCAAACAAUUUUGAAUUUGGCCGAAUUUAUGGAACAUUGCGAUAAAGAUCCAAUACUCAUAGACCCUAAACUUUUGGGUACACGCGCCAUGGCCUGCCGAGCGUAUGCCAAAGCGUUGCGUUACAAAGAAGAGGAAUUCAUGACCCACAAAGAUCCUCAUGUGUUUGAGUCAUUGAUUCUGAUCAACAAUAAGUUGCAGCAAAAAGAAGCUGCGGAGGGUUUACUUACAACUUACAGAAAUGCAGUGGGUAGUGAGAACUCGCGUUUUAAAGACGAACUUAAAGUUCAAGGUCGAUGGUAUGAAAAACUGCACAAUUGGGACCAAGCUUUGAUAUAUUAUCAACGUAAUUUGAGACAGGAUUCUACUGAUAUGGAAUCUCACUUAGGUUAUUUGCGUUGCCUGGAAUCUUUAGGCCAAUGGUCGGAUCUUAGUAGUGUAGCGAAAGAAGAAUGGGAUACUUUCUCCCGGGAAACUAAAUGCAAAGCAGGUCCGUUGGCAGCUGUUGCAGCCUGGGGUCUACAAGAUUGGGAAUCAAUGCAAGAAUAUGUUAAGUGCAUACCGGAGGAUUCGCAAGAUGGUAGCUUUUAUAGAGCUGUUUUGGCUGUGCAUUAUGAGGAUUUUGAAACAGCUCAACGCUUGAUCGAUGGAACUCGUGAUUUACUUGAUACCGAAUUGACUUCCAUGGCUGGUGAGUCCUAUGAAAGGGCUUAUGGUGCUAUGGUAUGCGUGCAGAUGCUAGCUGAGCUAGAAGAAGUUAUACAAUAUAAACUGAUACCGGAUCGUCGGGAACCUUUGAAGAAUAUGUGGUGGAAACGUUUGCAAGGAGGUCAACGUUUAGUGGAAGAUUGGAGACGUAUUAUUCAAGUUCACUCUCUUGUUGUUAAACCUCAUGAUGACAUUCACACUUGGCUGAAGUAUGCUAGCCUCUGUCGUAAAUCAGGUUCCUUAAUGCAAUCGCACAAAACUUUAGUUAUGCUUUUGGGUACUGAUCCUAGUGUCAAUGCUAAUGAAAGUUUGCCUUAUCACUUACCACAAGUCACUUACGCUUACACAAAACAUAUGGCAGCCUCGGAUAAUAUGAAAGGUGCUUAUGAACAACUAAGCCGCUUCGUAAAAGCCUACAGUUCUCAGUUGAGUUGCAUGCCAGACACAAUAUGCAAACAUGAAGAUCAUCGUUUGUUGGCCCGUUGUUAUUUACGGUUGGCAAUGUGGCAAAAUAAACUUGAAGGCUUGGAUCCAGAAGCAGUGCAAGGAGCUUUAAAUUGCUUUGAAAAGGCCACUAAUUAUGAUCCCAAUUGUUAUAAGGCGUGGCAUUUAUAUGCUUACAUGAAUUUCAAGGUAGUUCAAGCUCAAAAGCAGGCUUUAGAAAGUUACAAAAUUCCCAUAGAAGUGCACAACCCUGCAUUGCUCCUAGAGAAGGAACGCAUUAUUAUUGAACAAUACGCAGUGCCAGCAGUACACGGCUUUUUCCGUUCCAUAAGCCUUAUAAAAGGAAAUUCUUUGCAGGACACAUUACGUCUAUUAACUUUGUGGUUUGAUUAUGGCCAUCAUUCCGAAGUUUAUGAUGCUCUAUUGUCGGGAAUGAAACUAAUUGAAAUCAACACUUGGCUUCAAGUUAUUCCCCAGCUUAUAGCACGCAUUGAUACACAUCGCAACUUAGUCGGGCAAUUAAUACAUCAACUGCUUAUCGACAUAGGAAAAUACCAUCCUCAAGCUUUGGUUUAUCCUUUGACGGUAGCCUCAAAAUCUGCUUCUGUAGCUCGUAAAAAUGCAGCUUUCAAAAUUUUGGAUUCCAUGCGUAAACAUUCACCAGUCUUAGUGGAGCAGACCAUGAUGAUAAGCGAAGAAUUGAUUAGAGUAGCUAUUCUAUGGCAUGAGCAGUGGCAUGAAGGCCUGGAAGAAGCUUCGCGUCUUUAUUUUGGGGACCGCAAUAUUAAAGGAAUGUUUGACAUCUUGGAACCCUUGCACGCUAUGUUGGAAAGGGGACCUCAAACUCUAAAAGAGACUUCCUUUUCUCAAGCUUAUGGCCGUGAACUAACCGAAGCUUAUGAAUGGACCCAACGUUAUAAGUCUUCGAAUGCUUUAAUGGAUUUAGAUCAUGCUUGGGACAUUUAUUAUCACGUAUUUCAAAAAAUAUCAAGGCAAUUGCCACAACUAACCUCACUGGAGUUGCCUUAUGUUUCACCGAAAUUGUUAGCUUGCAAAGAUUUGGAACUAGCUGUGCCAGGAUCAUAUAAUCCAGGGCAAGAACUGAUUAGAAUCAGUUUUAUUAAAACGAAUUUACAAGUAAUAACAUCUAAACAAAGACCUCGCAAGCUGUGUAUUCGAGGUUCGAACGGCAAGGAUUACAUGUAUUUGCUGAAAGGUCACGAAGACUUGCGUCAAGAUGAAAGAGUUAUGCAGUUGUUCUCUUUGGUCAACACUUUAUUACUAGAUGAUCCUGACACUUUUAGACGUAAUUUAGCCAUACAACGCUACGCUGUUAUACCUCUUAGCACAAAUUCGGGUCUAAUUGGAUGGGUGCCACACUGCGAUACUUUACACACUUUAAUACGAGAUUACCGCGAUAAGAAGAAGGUGCCUUUGAAUCAGGAACACCGUACCAUGUUAAGUUUUGCCCCUGAUUACGAUCAUUUGACUUUAAUGCAAAAAGUAGAAGUUUUCGAAUACGCUUUGGCUCAAACUCCAGGCGAUGAUUUGGCAAAAUUGUUAUGGCUAAAAUCUCCAUCCUCUGAAGUGUGGUUUGAAAGACGCACCAAUUAUACACGUUCCUUAGCAGUUAUGUCCAUGGUUGGUUAUAUCUUGGGCUUAGGAGACCGUCAUCCCUCAAAUCUAAUGCUGGAUCGGAUGAGUGGCAAAAUAUUACAUAUAGAUUUUGGCGACUGUUUCGAAGUAGCAAUGACUCGUGAGAAAUUCCCCGAAAAAAUACCAUUCCGCUUAACACGCAUGCUUAUUAAAGCCAUGGAGGUCACGGGCAUAGAGGGUACUUAUCGCCGUACAUGUGAGAGUGUUAUGCUGGUCUUACGACGCAAUAAGGACUCUUUGAUGGCUGUAUUGGAAGCUUUUGUAUAUGAUCCACUGCUUAAUUGGCGGUUAUUAGAUACGGAAGCAAAAAACCAUCGUCCUAAAAAUCCAAACGAUCCCACCAAUACCACCAAUAUGGUGGGAAACAAUGGUAAUAGCCUAAGUAACUCUGUAGAGGAAUCUAUGCUCCACAGUAAUCAUAUCGCCAAAUCAAAGGCCUACGAUAACCAGUUAUUUGGCGGCCUUGGUGUUCCGGCAGCCAACGCAGACAUUACCAAUGGCAAAGCAAGCAAAGUAAUCAAACGUGUUAAACGUAAACUAACCGGUACCGAUUUCCAAACGCAAACCAGCUACACAGUACAGCAACAGGUGGACUUACUUAUACAGCAAGCCACUAACAAUGAAAAUUUGUGUCAAUGUUAUAUUGGGUGGUGUCCCUUUUGAUGCACUCAGAUACAAAAACAAAAUAUUGAUACACUAUACUAUUGCAAACACGUGGUCAAUUUUUGCAGACGUACUACAGCAUCGUCUAUACAAUAAUCUGUCAAAUUUUUGCCAGUAUAUCUGCUGUAGUUUGAGUAACGAGGAAUGCAAUGCAAAUGCAAUGAGGCUUAUAACUGAAAUAUUAGUACAUCUAAAAUAGAAACGAAAAAUACAAAAAAAUAAUCUUCACAGUUUAUGGAAUAUCAAAGGUGAUAACUAAAUAUUGUUAAAAGGAACUGAAA